CAGAGGAAAUAUCUUAAGAGUGUUUCACCACAAGGCAGUCAUAAUAAAAUAUAAUCUUUAUUGUCGUUGCUCAGAAAUUCCUGUCAUUGUUUUAUGUCAUAGGCUGGCAUGUUAAUCUUGGAUCUGUUUCAUUUCAUCCAGUUUUUUACUUUUCUCUUUCGAGACCUAUGUAAUGUGUGCAUAUAAAGUUCUAACUGAAAGCAGGUUUCAAUCUGUUUUUAAACUGUGUUUUUAUUGUUCUGUGAAAGAGUGAGAAAUGUGAGAUACCAAGUCAAAUAUUUGACUGCUGAUUGUGUUUAACAGUUGCCAUAGAAAUUAAGGUGGUCUCCUGACACUUCAAGGACUUUUACCUUUUAUGGCAAAGAGUACAACGCCAUUGUUAUCCUUUGGAACAGCAAGUCAGGCCUCGGCCUACAGCCUUACAUUUUGUGUAUUUGUAAAUUGCCUUAGAUUUCUGUGAUGUGUCCAACGAAGUAAAUCAACCAGAAAAUAUAGCCUGGUUGCUUGUUACAUCUAUUAAUUAAACUCUAAGAAGUCACUCCUUCGUUGCAGGCCUUCCACCUACAAUGCUGGAACAGCAGAAGUUGAGUUAUGUCUUGAGCUCCAUCUCUCUUUUCAGUGAAGUUAAACUAAGUGAGCCAGAAGCAAACUAGUGAUCUGACAAAGGAGACAUUUGUUAUGUUACAAUUCCUCCUGCAGAGGCGGAGCAAGCUUUGGUGGAGCUACAUUAAUCACUAACUUAAAGAUCUAACAUGGAGAAAGGAAUACAUUUGUUGCUGGACCCCAAUGAUAAAGAGCAUGAUGGUUUACAUCUGGUGAGAGUGAAUUGAUGAUCAAACCAAACCCCUGAUCCAGCUCCCAUCAGACAGUGUGGAAAAACAGGAGUCAUUGAUUAUCUGGUCUUGACCUGGAGUCAAGACCAGAUAUGCAUGUCUAUGAUAAUCAGAUUAUAGUUGAACCUAAAGCUUAUAGAGAAGUCUACCGCUGGGGGAUUCAUGAUUUAACACAAUGAGAAAAGUUAACUGUCGCAUGGGUUAAAAUUAUUGUUUUUAAAGCAGAUUCAUUGGUUAUUUUGGGGGCAUCAUUUGCACCCUUUACUUCUUUUAUUGUAAAUCGUGUCCCUGGUUUAUCGGUGCAGAUAGAUAAAACGCAGUAGUACAGUAGGUGAACGUUUACAUAGAUCUAAAGGGAAGAGUGGGGUAAGAUGAGCCAUUUUUCAUAUUUCGCAUCACUACAUCAAGUUAAUCAUAAUUUUGUCUCUAACUAGUGUAUCUGAAUAUAUUUCAAGAUAUUGUGUAUCCCUGCAAACCAACAAAAAGAGUGUAAAUAUAACUGUCUUGAUGAUAUAGCAUGCCAAAAGAGUGGUCUCCUAUGGUCAAUUCUUUUUAUUAUUAUUGCAUAUAACUGCUAAAAAGCUGUUUUGUAAAGAGACAUUUUAACAUGAGAAUGUCUUUAAGGGAUUCAGAACAUUCACAGCUGUAUUUUAGAAAAGAAAAAGUAAAAUGUUUCAACAAUCUGAAGUGAAACUCUGAUCCUCUCAUCAUACUGCUUUACUUUCUCACUGAGCAAUAGACGGCUAUUAGACAUCCAGGUUUUUUUUAGCCCUUAUUUCAACCGUCUAGAUUCUGUAUAUUUUUAGACGGAAAUUCGAGUUGCACUUUAACCCAUUAUUCGAUAACUAUUUCAAAAAGCAAUUGUGAGUUGCAUUACUGAUCUCCAAGUACUUAACAAAAAUAAUUAUGAUAGCAGUUGAGCAAUAUACAGUUUAGUAUAGAUAUAGCCUAGAUUUAGACUUGGUCUAAACUUGGUCUAAAUUCAGACAUCUAAAAACAUAAUUUUUAGACCUGUGGUAGCUUGAUUUUAGACCAGUUGUCUAGGCUACAUUUAGACGUCUAUUAGACCCCUUUUAGACCAAAAAAUGCUCAGUGGGUUUUCAGUUGAGCCACUGAGUCAACUUACCCCUGGCCAAAUGGAUCAACUUACCCCAGAACUACUAUUAUGACUUUAUUAGUCCUCCAAGCUAAAAUGGUGGACUUUUAUGGUAGAUUUUUGACCUCAUGUUGUGGCUCAUAGAUACCACAAUUGAUGUAUAAAACAAAUUUAAAAUGAUUUUUUUUUGGUCUGAACACAAUUCUAAUAAAACUUCUGACAUACUACAUUUACUUUCAAGAGUGAAAAAUGUUUUUUGGAAAUAAAUGUCUAACCCCUUCACCCAUGUGUUUCUAACCUUCACAGACUCCAUGAAUUGAUGCCCAUCUCCUAGAUGUUUGGUCACAUGAUCAAUUUCUUUUACCAUUUCCAAGCAACAGGGGGUGGCUCAACUUACCCCACUCUCCCCUAUCACCUCAGAAGACUUGAUAUGUCACAUUAGACUCGGAGUGCAGGAGCUGUAGUCCACCAGUAGGGGGCAGCAGACAUGGGUUCUUAUCAAAGUGACGAUAGGCGUGGUCUCGGCUCACUUCCCUUUACAAACAGACAUUUUUGUCAUACCAGUUGACGGGAAACGACGCACAGCUAAACCGUAGCAACGGUAUUUUUUUUCGUAGAAUCAAUCUGACAGAACUGCCUCACCAAUCCGCCGCAUAUUGGUAAGUAAAACUGGACGAACAGAUGAGGUUAUCGAUCCGCUUUGGCUAGUAUCUGCAGUAUAAACACGGGUCUGUUUUCCGCAGGCGCAGUGACGUUCCCAACCCAGAUCCGUUUUCUCUGCUACUACCGUUAGCAUUAGUACAGGGACAUUUACGGACAGUUACUGCGUGUAACACGUUAACUAUCAUAUGUGUGGAGUAAAUUUGUGGACUUAAAGUCGUCUUUGCUCGCUUUACUGUUAUUUCACAUCUAUUUGAAGGAAGGUAAGCGUGUGGCUGGUUUGACCGUCAUGAGUGUUCUGUAAUGGGGAGGAGUGGUCUGACUGAGGCUUAAUGAAGGGGUCUGCUUUGAAUGAUGGACAUUGACAUGUGUCGCUGUUACACUAUAAACGGGUUGGAUUAAAAUAACAAGAACUCAGAAUUAUGAUACUUAAAAUGGAAUAUAUCUAUAUAUACAUGUAAUCUUUUAUACAUCUUAAUCGCCCAUCCGCCCACUGGAUGGUGGAUUUGGUCCCGCCUUACGGAAACGUUUAUCUCUUUUGUGAUAGUACGCUUUGUUUUCAUUGUUUAUUUUAAGUCAUCAACUAAAGCUUAUUAUUUUCAAGCAGAAAUUAAACAUUUGAGUCAAUUUAGUCAUUUCACAAUUAAUUAAAUUUCCUUAUAGUCUGAAUCAACUGCAGAGAUGUUAGAAAUUGUUGUGAACUCAUUUGGUAAGAAGUACCAACAAUAACAAUGAAUUUCAUGUUUUGUUUUUUUUUCAUCUAAAAUUAGGAAUCAAGAUGUUUUACACAUGUGGACCCAAUGAAGCCAUGGUGGUGUCUGGUAAGGUUUCUCUUCAUGUCUGAAUGUAGGAAUAGAUGCUUAGAAAAUAUAUGCAAUGGAAAAAUCCACCCAACAAGUUCACUAUACCGUAUAAUGUGUCAUAAUAUUGUGUCAUUAUAAAGCAAUAAAAGUGGAAGUGAUUAGUUUACAGUUGACCCCUAGACCUGUGUCCCAUGAGUGAUUCAAUCAUCACAUGCUUUGUGAUAAGAUAUUGUGCAACUCUUCUCGUCAAUUGGAUAAAUAAUGGAAUACCCCAGAUUGCUUUAAUACCAAGGCUCAGGCUUUAAUACCUUUCCUACAUUGCUGUGACAUGAGUAUUGCAAGUGAACUAUGUUUUUAACCAUUAACUAUGGUUACUUUGUGUUGUAGAGUGCUAAUCUUAUGUUUGUGUUUUCUUUUUUUCACCUCUCUUUCCCACCAGGCUUUGGCCGUUCACCUCCUCUGAUGAUUGCUGGAGGAAGAGUGUUUGUCUUCCCAUGUAUUCAGCAGCUCCAGAGGUGACCACAUGUUCUGCUUUUUUGUUUUGUAUUUCUGCUUAAAGUGGAUUGAAGAUUCUUGUCUUAAUGCAUUUAUAAAUAGGCAAGUUUCAGAGUCAUGGGCUAUUGAUAUCUUUUAUCCAUGCUCUAUUCUUGCCAUUGUAGCAUGAAGGAGUGUCUGAUAAUUAACCUAACUGUCUCUGUGCUAUAACUUCAUUUUUGCUUUCUGUUAUUUCAUCCUUUUGUUUUCCACCAUUUUUCUCAGAAUCACGCUGAACACCCUGACACUAAACGUGAAGAGUGACAAAGUGUACACCCGACACGGUGUCCCAAUCUCUGUCACUGGCAUUGCACAGGUAUACCUCAAGAAGCACAUUACUGGGAUAUUUCAGACUUCAAAUACUUAGUUAGCUAAAUAGCAGGGAGGCUGAAGUUCACAAAGGCUCUUUGGUUUCUGUAAGACUGACACACAGGCAAAGGGUUUAUGGUACAAGAGUAACACAACCAGAUUAUUUACCAUGAGUACAAACAGGAUAGGGCCAGUCAGAUACCUCUCAAGUAUAUAGUAAGUCAGUGGUUUUCUGUAAAGGCAGUUACAUGUAUUAGACCAUCAUUUUUGGGUAACUGUAUCAGCUGAUUAAACGUUACAUUUCAAGUCAGACAAUACUUAAUUUUAUCCAAACAUUUCAUUAUAGUUAGAGUCCGAUAUGUAACCAUGAUCAAAAAAAGAAGAAGAAAGUAAUAAAACCCCGAAAUGUAAUAAUUUGUCAAUAAUGUAACAAAAGUUGAGCCUGAAAUGUAAUAAAAAAAAAUUUUAAAAAGCAAGUUGAUAAAUUUUGGGCAAAAUCUUAUUACAUUUUGGGUUCAGCAUCUUGUUACAUAAUUGACCUGUUAUUACAUUUCUGGUUUUAUUACAUUUUUAAAAUUAGAUUUCAGGUUUUAUUACAUACCGAGCUCUCACAUGCCCUUUUCCUUUCUUUUCUUCUUCUAGGUGAAGAUCCAGGGCCAGAACAAGGAGAUGUUGGCCACCGCCUGUCAAAUGUUUAUGGGUAAAUCUGAGCCCGAGAUCGCUCAGAUUGCUCUUGAAACACUGGAGGGACAUCAGAGAGCCAUCAUUGCCCAUUUGACUGUGGAGGUUUGUAAAAUUACACUGCUAAAUGUAUUAGCAUGAUAUUUCCUGCUUUCAUGAAUAGAUUGUACAGAGGCCUUCGCUAACUCAACCACUAAGUAAAGCGUGGGUGCAGUAACUGUGAUAAAUGUGGCUGUGUGUGUGUGUGCAGGAGAUCUACCAGGACCGUAAGAAAUUCUCUGAGCAGGUCUUCAAGGUGGCCUCCUCUGACCUGGUCAACAUGGGGAUCGGUGUUGUCAGCUACACGCUUAAAGACGUUCAUGAUGAUCAGGUACUUUUCUUCUGCUCAGAAUCCUUUUCACCACACCAGCAGCAGGAAUCUGAAUGCCGUGAUGUUUUUAUUUAAAAGCUUUUAGUCUGGUAUGAUUGCCUGACUUCCUCAGAUAUAGUAGAUAGAGCACUUAAGAAAUUAGUAUUGACCAACUAUGUCUCACUCAACAGACCCCAACUGCUUCCACACCACAUUAGUGAUGAAUCAGACCUGAGUGCUCCGCUAGUUACCACAGCAUCUCUUGUUUUUACAGCCUAAUGCAUUGUCUUCUUUUUAUCUGCUCAAGCUGUGUCAUUAUUGUGAAGUAGCUGAGUGGAAGUUUUGGAUAAUGACACAAAAUGAGUGCAAUUCAAACCGGCUCUUGUACUUCAUUUAGUCCGGAUAAAAGGGGGGUAAAGAAACUAAAAUUUACACCCAGAGUCUUGAAGUUCUGUUAUCUGGAAAGCCAACAGUAAUGCACUGGACGGCUUAUUUCUGUCACCUCUACAUAAUACCACUAUAACUAUUAUUACACUAUUACUGUUUCUCUCUUGCAGGAUUACCUUCACUCUCUGGGUAAAGCCAGAACAGCUCAGGUGCAGAGAGAUGCCAGGAUUGGAGAGGCUCAGUACAAACGAGAUGCUGUUAUGAGGGUAAGAUACUUUCUAUGUCCUUUUUGCUCAAACUUUUUAACAAUAUGGGCAAUUUAAUAACAUGAAAAAAAAAGUUAAUUUUGAAAGAAUAUAAUAAAUAUAAUUUUCUAAUAGUUGGUCCUUCUCUUUUGUUUACGAAGGAAGCCAACGCAAUGCAGGAAAAGGUUUCAGCUCAGUACAAGAACGAGAUUGAGAUGGCCAAAGCCCAGAGAGACUAUGAGCUGAAGAAGGCGGCCUAUGAUGUGGAGGUCAACACCAAGAAGGCCGAGUCAGAAAUGGCUUAUCAGCUGCAGGUACAGUCACCUGUCUCAUUGGCUGCAUCCAUUCUCCCUGAUAACUGCUUUUAAGAAGCUGUUCAUGCUGAGACUGAGGCAAAACUGACUGUCUGCCUCAAUCACCAGGUUGCCAAGACCAAGCAGCGCAUUGAGGAUGAGAAGAUGCAGGUUCAGGUGGUAGAGAGGUCCCAGCAGAUCAUGCUGCAGGAGCAGGAGAUUGUCCGCAAGGAGAAGGAACUGGAGGCCAAGAUCAAGAAGCCAGCAGAGGCAGAGAAAUACCGUCUGGAGAGGCUUGCUGAGGCCCAGCGGUGAGUAAUGAGGUUGUCUUCAAUUGUUCUGAUUAGAAUUAAAAAAGUCUAAUCAACUCAAAAUUAGGAAAGAUUAUAAAAACCAAUGAAAUAAUCUCUCCUUCCUCUGGCAGCCUGCAGCUGAUCAUGGAGGCUGAGGCUGAAGCUGAGUCCAUCAGAGUAAGUCCUGCUGCACGCUCCCUUUGUUUCUGAAACAGUUCCUCCCUGACUGUUAACCAUAUUACAUCAACCAAACCUUAUUACAGUGGGGACUCACAGUCACAUACAUCACUGUUAUGCACAUGUGUCUGUUUCUGCAGAUGAAGGGCGAGGCUGAGGCUUUUGCUCUGGAGGCUAGGGGCCGUGCUGAGGCAGAGCAGAUGGCUAAGAAGGCAGAAGCCUUCAAGCAGUACCAAGAUGGAGCCAUGGUGGACAUGCUGCUGGAGAAACUGCCACUGGUAAGUCCAACUCUACUGGAUGAAUGACUUGAUGAAGAGUAAAUUGAGAACCGUUUUAUAUUUGAUUGAGUUUGUUUUCCUUUCUGAAAAUCUUGUUUUUUAAUCAUACUAACUCCUCUGUUGUGACCUCUCUUGUCCUGUAGAUGGCAGAGGAGAUCAGCAAGCCACUCUCAGCAGCCCAGAAGGUCACCAUGGUGUCCAGUGGUGGCUCAGAGGUUGGUGCUUCCAAACUUGCUGGAGAGGUGCUGGAUAUCAUGACCAAGCUGCCCACCACUGUGCAGAAACUCACUGGAAUCGACAUCUCCCAGGUACGCGUGAAUGUGAUUUAGAUAGUAUGUUUGUGAGGCAGGUGGCGCUUCUUUCCUCAUGUUUUUCUCUUUGACUUUUCAGGCCACAGGAAAGGGACAUUAAAAGACCAGAACAGAAGGAGUCAUCAAAACUACAUCAAUAUUCAGACCAGGAGCUCCAGGUCUCCUCCUUGUGCCUAUAACCACUGUAAUAUCUCAGCAACAUCACAGUCCUGUUCGAUUGUUCGUGUGCAUGCAUGUCUAUCUUUGUGGGUCUCUUUUUUUAUGGCUCCUGUUCCAUACAUGUACUGUAUACCAGAGUUUUGUUUCCGUUGAAUGUGAUUAUCACUUGCCUAGUCUGCAUUGUUGUUUUAUCUGCGGCAGGAACGGCUAUCACAUAUACAGCCAUGACACUAGUUUUUAUGCCGAGACAGAAAUCGUCGCCCAUUCUAGCUUGCGAUUGUUCAGUGAUAGAUAUUUUUAUCUUUCAGCAAUCCGAUCAGUUUGAUUCCCCUGCAUGGGAUUAGGUCAAAAAGAAGCUGGUAUUUUGUCUUUUUAAAAAAAUUUAAUGUAGAAAAUGUUGAGCAUUUGAAAGUUUUUUGUGCCUUUCAAUUCAUUAAACGGUGCUGAGCCUUUGUAUCGCAGCAUCAUCAUCCUCUAGCUUUGUGUGUGGACAUAUCCUUGCUAUGAUUUUACUUGCAUAGUAUUUACUACUAAAAGUGCUCCACAUGUCUUCAUGAAGUAACCGCUAAUGUUACUGCACUCUUAGUUUGAUCAGUUGCACUGCCAGUGGGAGAAGAUUCUUUGUGUUUCAAAAUGAAGGGGAAGCAAGUUGUUGAUGGGAACAAGGUGUUGUGGUUUCCUGUCGAAAGAAAUGAAAGUGUUGAGUGGAAAAAAGCAAACUUGACUUUUGGCUCUGCUUCUUUGUCUUCUGAGGUUUUGGUCUCUAUAUUGUGAAACUGUCGCUAACCAACAACCAACUAACGAACCACGUGACUAACCAGCCUGCUGCUUUAUGCUCUUUCUGCCUGAGUUUAAACUGACAAACAGGAGAUAUUGUUCAAGUAUUUUUGUUGUUGUUUUUAUCCUGUGUGAUUUUCUCAUUCUAACCUGUUGCUGAGUAUCAUAGGUUCUGGCUGAUUUAAGCACUUGCAAUAACUUGCUUCUUUUUUUUAAUUAUUAUUUUAUCAUUUCUGUACCUCUGAUCAGGAGCUGAUUCUUGUCUUCUGUCACUCUCUUACACGAUGAAACACUUUUCCAGCUGCUAAGCCUUAUGCAUUUUGUCAUCGCCAAGUGCCUGGUAAAAGCUCCUAUACUAUAAAAUCCUGUUGACCUCUAUAAGUCUGUUAAACUUCUGUCCGGGUAUAUCUUCCUCAUAUGCAACUGUUUGCAAGCCAUUUGCCGUCACUCAAGACGGCUGUUGAUGAAAGCCAAAUUGGUCUCUACUCCUUUUAUAAGCUCCUUUUACUAAUCUUUCACUUUUUCUUAAAAGUGCUGUCUUGCAUGCCUAUCUUUGAGUCGGCAAAGCAGUUUUUACAUAGUUUGAAAGUUGUAUACUAGUGUCAAAUAUUCCAGAUUUAUCUUAGGUGAAAUGAUCUGUAGUCAAUAAAAUAUGAAGAAAAUACUCAAGCC